AGGAUGCAAGAACUAACCCAGCCCUGUUUACUCAAGCAUCUAUGAAAGACGCUGGCUUGGAAGAUACAGCUAUGGGUAAACAAGAUAGGAAGGACCAAAGAAAAAAGAAAGCUGCCAGUAAGAACAUUAACUCAGAUCUCGAUGCUAGAGAUAAGUCUGAAAAGACUCAAAGAACAAAGAGCCAAGUUUCACAACGUUAUAAACCAAAAUGGCUUUGAUUUGAUCAACAUAACAAAUUCUGGGUAUGCAGCACACAAAAUAUCAGAGGUUUUUAACACAAAUUUUGACAAAACAAUGGCAAAGAAUUCAAGUACAUUAUAUGCAGUUAAACACAAGAGGAAGUUAUCAAGAGUUAAAUUUGAAGUAAAUGAAUUUAUAGUUACAAGAAAUUGUUUGUUUUCAGCUAGCACCAAGAGCGGAGGUGGCACACAGGGAAGAGAGGUGAAACAAAAAGCUACGAAAAACAAAUAUAAACGACGUGGAGACCAUGAUGACGAUUCUGAAGAUGAGGCUGUUGCCGUGCAACCUAAAGGUAG